AUGAUAUUCUAAUUAUAUGACCAGCACCCGUACUCUAGGCCUCCUCUGGAACUGCCAUACAGACACCCUCAGAUACAGACACAGAGCCCUUGAAUCUAACACUCCAACUAUGCAACAUAUUUACAGAUUUCUGGCUAGCCAAUACGAUCCCCUCGGCUAUAUAUCCUCCCUUACACAACAAGGGCCAAAAUCAUUGUACAGCACUUAUGGGGAAAGGCACAAGAAUAAGAUGACCCAAAUCUCCCCCAUGAUAUCUUAGAAACCUGGCUUUCAUGGGAAAAGGAACUUCCUAACCUCUCCACCAUCACUCUUCCUCGCUGCCUUACACCUCAGUCAGUGGACUCCUCCUCAGCCACCCAUGACCUUCACAUCUUCUGUGAUGCAUCGGAGCAGUCCUAUGGCACAGUUUCUUACAUUCGUAUGGAAGAUGGUCAGCAGCAAGUGAGGUCCCGCGUUGCUCCCAAAAAACAGCUAUCCAUUCCACGGCUUGAAUUAUGUGCUGCUCUCACAGGAGCUCAGCUAUUCAGUCUCCUCUGAGGGACAUAGCUCACCCUCCACAUCAGAAAGACUAUUCUGUGGACUGACUCUACCACUGUACUCUAUUGACUCACGUCUGACUCUUGCCAUUAUAAAGUCUUUGUUGGGACCAGGGUAGCUGAGAUUCAGGAGCUCACUAAAGGCCAGGAGUGGUGUUAUGUUGAUUCGCAGAACACAGCUACCUGAUACCCCAUGAGUUGUCAAAUUUGCAGUACAAAUUUGGGGGUGGCUGUUGGGAAGUUUUGUUUCCCUAAGCUGCAGCCUCAAAAUAAGUGCCACACCCCUCUAUACCGUACUCAUUUCCCUGUUGGCUCUAUGCUCCACCCAACCAAUCUCAAGCCAAUUAGGACUCCAUCAGGGUUUAUUAGCUGCACCUGUGCCCACAGCUUUCUCAUUCUGUUGCAUGUGGCUGUACUGUGGAGAGGACUGACUCUUACUCCUUUGAUUUCCUGCAUGUGCGUAAUUGAGUAUGCCUUUGUAUGUGGAUUUGCGGAGGAGUCUUCAUGUACACCUGGCUUUGAGUCGGAGUUGCUGGUGUUUAAAGUGCACAGAGAUGACCUUCACCAAGGAAAAAGACUAGGACGAGUAAUUUUUAAUACAUGCGAUGGAAGAACAGGAACGCUCUUUCAGUCCUCUGACGAGUGGUUUGAUGUGGACACGGAUGGGACUGUAACACUGAAGAGAGAAGUGGAUCUUCGUGAAGGUCACAAGGUGUUUUCUGUGCACGCUUGGGACUCCAGUGGCAAGAAGCACACAGUGUCUGUCAGAGUCGAGCGUGUCCACCAUCAUGAGGACCAUCACAUGGACACGGUCAUGAACAUCUCCUCUCCACAGAUGGAUUCUCACUCUGAUGAUCUGGUUCUGAUGUUUCCAAAGUCUUCGACGGGUCUAAAGAGAGCAAAGAGAGGUUGGGUUAUUCCUCCAGUCAAUGUACUUGAGAAUAGCAGAGGUCCUUUCCCACAGUUUCUGGUCCAGAUAAAGUCGGACUAUUCUCUUGAAGCUCAGAUGGCAUACAGGAUCACAGGUGAAGGAGCAGAUCUGGACCCUAAUGGGACUUUCACUAUAGAAAGUUUAUCAGGGAAUCUGUUUGUGACUCGACCACUCGACAGAGAAACAAAAGCUUCAUACAGACUUAUGACUCAUGCUACUGGAGUUGGUGUGAAUAUAAUAGAAAAGCCAAUGGAAAUUACUGUAAAUGUGAUGGACCAAAAUGAUAACUAUCCUAAUUUUACUCAAAAUCCAUUCAAUGGAAGUGUUCCUGAAGCUGCUGAAAUAGGUCAUGAGUUUAUGACAGUCACAGCCACUGAUGCAGAUGAUCCAGAUACUGACAAUGCUGUGAUCAGAUACUCAAUUGUCAAACAAGAUCCAGAAUCACCAAAUCCAGAAUCACCAAUGUUUCAAAUCAACUCUGUUACUGGAGGAAUUUGUGUGAAUUCUUUAGGUUUGGACAAAGAUAAAUGGCCCAAAUACACUUUGACAGUUGUUGCUGCUGAUAUGGAAGGAAGAGGUUUGUCAACCACUGGCACAGCUGUUAUUACUGUGACUGACAGCAAUGAUAACGCACCUCAGUUUGAUCAAACCUUGCACACUGUAUCUGUCCCAGAGAAUAAAGUAGGGGCUUUAGUGGCCAAACUUACAGUUACUGAUGAAGAUGAAGAGGGAUCUCCCGCCUGGUCAACCAAAUAUCGCAUUAUUAGCGGAGACAAGGGUGGGUUUUUCAGUGUCAGUACUGGACCCAGCCAGCUAGAGGGCGUCAUCACCACUGUAAAGGUCUUUUUGUGUGAAUAUGUGGAGGGGUCUUCAUGUACUCCUGGCUUUGAGUCGGAGUUGCUGGUGUUUAAAGUGCACAGAGAUCACCUUCACCAAGGAACAAUACUAGGAAGAGUAAUUUUUAAUACAUGCGAUGGAAGAACAAGAACGCUCUUUCAGUCCUCUGACGAGUGGUUUGAUGUGGACACGGAUGGGACUGUAACACUGAAGAGACGAGUGGAUCUUCUUGAAGGACACAAGGUGUUUUCUGUGCACGCUUGGGACUCCAGUGGCAAGAAGCACACGGUGUCUGUCAGAGUUGAGCGUGUCCACCAUCAUGAGGACCAUCACAUGGACACGGUCAUGAACAUCUCCUCUCCACAGAUGGAAUCUCCCUCUGAUAAUCUGGUUCUGAUAUUUCCAAAGUCUUCGACGGGUCUAAAGAGAGCAAAGAGAGGUUGGAUUAUUCCUCCAAUCAAUGUACUUGAGAAUAGCAGAGGUCCUUACCCAAUGAAGCUGGUCCAGAUAAAGUUGGACUAUUCUCUUGAAGCUCAGAUGGCAUACAGGAUCACAGGUGAAGGAGCAGAUCUGGACCCUAAGGGGAUUUUCACUAUAGACAGAUUAUCAGGAUAUCUGUAUGUGACUCGAUCACUCGACAGAGAAACAAAAGCUUCAUACAGAAUUAUGACUCAUGCUACUGCAGUUGAUGUGAAUAUAGCAGAAAAGCCAAUGGAAAUUAUUGUAAGUGUGCUGGACCAAAAUGAUAAUAUGCCUUUUUUUACACAAAAUCCACUCAAUGGAAAUGUUCCUGAAGCUGCUGAAAUAGGUCAUGAGUUUAUGUCAGUCACAGCCACUGAUGCAGAUGAUCCAGAGACUGACAAUGCAGAAAUCAGAUACUCAAUUGUCAAGCAAGAACCAGAAUCACCAAAUCCAAACAUGUUUCAAAUCAACUCUGUUACUGGAGGAAUUCGUGUGAAUUCUUCAGGUUUGGACAAAGAGAAAUGGUCCAAAUACACUUUGAUAGUUGUUGCUGCUGAUAUGGAAGGAAAAGGUUAUUCAACCACUGGCACAGCUGUUAUUACUGUGACUGACAGCAAUGAUAACGCACCUCAAGCAAAGAGAGGUUGGAUUAUUCCUCCAAUCAAUGUAAUAGAGAAUAGCAGAGGUCCUUUACCAAUAAAGCUGGUCCAGAUAAAGUCGGACUAUUCUCUUGAAGCUCAGAUGGCAUACAGGAUCACAGGUGAAGGAGCAGAUCUGGACCCUAAUGGGACUUUCACUAUAGACAGAUUAUCAGGGAAUAUGUAUGUGACUCGACCACUCGACAGAGAAACAAAAGCUUCAUACAGACUUAUGACUCAUGCUACUGCAGUUGAUGUGAAUGUAGCACAUGAGUCAAUGGAAAUUAUUGUAAAUGUGCUGGACCAAAAUGAUAAUAAGCCUGUUUUUACUCAAAAUCCAUUCAAUGGAAAUGUUCCUGAAGAUGCUGGAAUAGGUCAUGAGUUUAUGACAGUCACAGCCACUGAUGCAGAUGAUCCAGAUACUGACAAUGGUGUGAUCAGAUACUCAAUUGUCAAGCAAGAACCAGAAUCACCAAAUCCAAACAUGUUUCAAAUCAACACUGUUACUGGAGGAAUUUAUGUGAAUUCUUUAGGUUUGGACAAAGAGAAAUGGUCCAAAUACACUUUGACAGUUGCUGUUGCUGAUAUGGAAGGAAAAGGUUAUUCAACCAAUGGCACAGCUGUUAUUACUGUGACUGACAGCAAUGAUAACGCACCUCAGUUUGAUCAAACCUCGUACACUGUAUCUGUCCCAGAGAAUAAAGUAGGGGCUGAAGUGGCCAAACUUACAGUUACUGAUGAAGAUGAAGAGGGAUCUCCUGCCUGGUCAACCAAAUAUCGCAUUAUUAGUGGAGACAAGGGUGGGUUUUUCAAUGUCAGUACUGGACCCAACAAGCUAGAGGGCGUCAUCACCACUGUAAAGCCUCUGGACUUUGAGAAGAACAAGCAAUACAUUCUGUCUGUGAUUGUUGAGAACGAUGAGCCGUUUGUCGGUUCUUUGGCCACUUCCACUGCCACAGUCACGGUGAAUGUAGAAGAUGUGAAUGAGCCUCCAGAGUUUGAUCCAAAGGAGGAGAUUAUUUACAAACCUGAAGAUUCACCGGUUGAUACUGAAUUGGUUUCUUAUACAGCCACUGAUCCAGAUAUUGGAAAGUCACAGAAGAUAACGUAUAAAAUUGGCAAUGAUCCUGACGGCUGGCUGAGUGUAAAUCAAGACACUGGAUUGAUUAAAGUCAGGAAACCUAUGGAUAGAGAGUCUUCCUAUGUCAAAGAUGGCAAAUACAAAGCUAUCAUUCUGGCUGUGGAUGAUGAUAAGACUCCAGCAACUGGUACUGGAACCCUGAUAAUUGAAUUGUCGGAUGUAAAUGACAACGCUCCUGUCAUUAAUGAAAGGACUAUAGAAAUGUGCAAUCGUGGUUCAGCCCCAGUGCUUCUCUCUAUAACGGACAAAGAUGACCCUCCUUAUGCUGGUCCCUUUACUGUUGAGACUCAAGGAGAAACCAGUAAAAAUUGGUCCACCGUGAUGAACGAAACAUCAACCGGUCUCUUUCUGAAACCGAAGUCUACAUUGAAGCAGGGCAAAUACAAUGUUGUCCUGAGAGUUUUUGAUCAGCAGAGGCUGUUUCAGGAUAGCACCAUUCAAGCAACCGUGUGUGACUGUGAAAAAGGCCCUUGUCUGAGAAGACAUUCAUUCUGUCUGCGAUGAUUCGUCUAUCAACCCUUUCCCCACUUCUGCUGUGAAGAAGUGAACAAGGUUUAAUCAAAAAGAGAAGUUUAUUUUAUAAUUGAAUUAGAGGACAUAAAUGACACGACUCCAUGAUUAUGUUUAUUAAUAAUAAUAAUUCAUGACAUUUAUAUAGUGAUUUUAAGUGCCCUCGAAGCACUUUACAUUUAUUAUAUGUUUUCGUCUUAAUAUUGCUGUAAUCAUUGUUAUCUAAAGGAUAAUGUAAAGCCAAAUGGUUUAUAAAUUGUUUUUGUACUGCUUUCACAA